AUGGCGAUGGCACUGCGGCGAAUCCUCAUCAAGACACACCAUAUGACUUCACGUAAGAAGAUAGGCAUUAUUACACGAGCCGCAAAACGUCUGGACUGCUCUGUUCUUCUGAAAGUAGGCGCAAAUCCAGGAAUCAUGCUUUGUGAGGGACAGGAGAACCAUGCCAGUGAGUGGGAGACAGUCGUACGAGUGAGUUCAUGGAUUUGUUUCCAACAUGUGGGCCAAGAUGAGCUGCAAGAUGUGCUCAAUCGGCUGGUUGCGCUGGUUCCAAGAGAGAAGGCUAACAUAAAUUCUCAGAAAUUACGGUAUAAAGAUAUGCGGCUACUAAAGAGAGAAAGCAUCUCGGAACCUCAUCUAGCUACUCUAGGAGUCAAGGAGGGAGAUGUUAAGGAAAUUGAAGAAGUUAAAGACUUCGCGAAGCUUUUAGAGAAGGAUCCGAGACUCUUCCAUUCUUGGAGGGUAGGGAUGGGAUACGUGAAAGAUGAUGGUGAAUAA